UCACUUCUCAAGAGUCAGUCAGAACACCUGUUAAUCCAGGCUGACUUCUUCAGGUGAGACCAAGAAAGGGCUUCACACACUGCUGAUUCAUUCUCCUCUGCACUGAAGCCAUGAAGUGGGUCUGGCCCUUUGCCUCCCUCACCUUCUUUUAUGCAGAAGUUGUAUCAGAUAUCCAGCUGGAGCAACCAAACCAAACCUUGUCUAUCCGUGUUGGAAUGGCCAUCACCUUACAGUGUACCCUGAAAGGAGGAGACUUGAACAGCCAUCAAAUGACCUGGUACAAGAAAAACUGGGAUAACUCCUUGACUUUCAUAUAUCAACACAAGGACAGAUAUGGUCCUGGUUUCCAGGGAAAUUUCUUAGGGAAUAUAGUUUCUAACAAGUUCUUCACACUUGAAAUUGUCAAGGCAGCAGUAAAGGACACUGGGACUUACUACUGUGGUUCAGUUAUUGGUGGGAGCUCCUGGCACACCCGGGCAAUGCAUUUUGGAUCUGGUACUAAGCUCUCAGUAGAGCCAGAACUCCAAGAACCUUCUACGCCCUCAGUCUUUGUCAUGAAAAAUGGGACCAAUGUUGCAUGUCUGGUGAAGGACUUCUACCCCAAGCCUGUGGAUAUACAUCUCGACCCAGACAACAAUGCAACAGAAGAAGUGGUCACCACUGCCAAUGGGAAGUUCAGUGCUGUCAAGCUUGGUCAAUACAAGAAAGAUUUGGAGCAAAUUAAGUGUACAGUUCAGCACAACAAUAAGACUGUGGAGGCUUCUUACAAAAGGUCUCAUGAGGAAUCCACUGAUGAGAGUCCAGACCUAGAAGAACCCAUUGGCCAAGAGUGCCCCAAAUCCACAGUACAAAUUGAGAAAGUGAACUUGCUGUCCAUCACCCUGCUGGGGCUCCGUGUGCUGCUUGCCAAGAGCAUCGCUGUCAACUUUUUCUUGACAAUCAAAUGUUUUUUACCCUAAGGCUUGUCUACAGCACAGGGAAUAAAGAAACCAAGGAUCCACUGAGAUGUUUUCCCUUGACUUCCCCUUACUGUGAUAUAAAUGGCUCUGUGGCUAA